GCCGUCUCGGUCCUGGGGAUGGGCGGAGCCCCGGCCGCUUGUGCUGGUGGCCGCCGCCGCUGCCGUAGUCCGAGCGGCCACCUCUGUUCCGGCGCGUCGCUGCUUCCCAGGGUGGUGGUAUGCUGGGGAAAGCGGUAGUCGGCGGUGGCGGCGGCACCAAGGCGCUGAAACCCUCCUUCGUGUCGUAUGUGCGCCCCGAGGAAAUUCACACAAACGAAAAGGAAGUAACAGAGAAGGAAGUAACUCUUCACUUGUUGCCAGGUGAGCAGCUGCUUUGUGAAGCCAGCACAGUACUGAAGUAUGUCCAGGAAGAUUCCUGUCAGCGUGGGAUCUAUGGGAAACUCGUCUGCACAGACUUCAAGAUCGCUUUCCUGGGCAGUGACGAAGCCGCACCGGCCAAUGAUGAAACCCAGUUUAAGAAUAAGGUGAUAGGAGAAAAUGACAUCACUCUUCACUGUGUUGACCAGAUUUAUGGAGUGUUUGAUGAGAAAAAAAAAACUAUCUUUGGACAACUGAAGAAGUACCCUGAGAAACUCAUCAUCCACUGCAAAGACCUCCGGGUAUUCCACUUUUGUCUGAGGUACACAAAAGAAGAGGAAGUCAAAAGGAUUGUCAGCGGCAUAAUUCAUCAUACCCUGGCUCCUAAACUGCUUAAGCGAUUGUUUCUCUUUUCUUAUGCAGCUGCUAUACAAAACGGAACAGCCACCACUCCCAAGAACCACACUGUAAUGUUUGACACACUUGAGGACUGGUGCUGGGAAUUGGAGCGGACUAGAGGCAACAUGAAGUACAAAGCAGUGAGUGUCAAUGAAGGCUACAGAGUCUGUGAAAGGUUGCCAGCAUACUUUGUUGUCCCCACCCCUCUUCCUGAAGAGAACGUGUCACGCUUUCAGGGUCACGGCAUACCAAUAUGGUGCUGGUCCUACCACAAUGGGUGUGCCCUUUUGAAAAUGUCAGCCCUACCCAAAGAACAGGAUGAUAGCAUUUUACAAAUCCAAAAGAACUUCUUGGAUGGAAUUUACAGGAUCAUCCACAGGCCACCCUAUGAAAUUGUCAAAACCGAAGACCUGUCAAGCAGCUUUGUGUCGCUGCAGGACAUCCAGACCGCAUAUGCCAAAUUCAAGCAGCUCUUUCUUAUAGAUAACAGUACCGAAUUUUGGGACACAGACAUAAAAUGGUUUUCUCUGUUGGAAAGUAGCAGCUGGCUUGAUAUAAUCAGACGUUGCUUGAAAAAAGCAAUAGAAAUUAUAGAAUGUCUGGAAGCACAGAACAUGAACGUUCUCCUUUUAGAGGAGAACGCUUCUGACCUCUGCUGCCUCGUUUCCUCUCUGGUGCAAGUGAUGAUGGAUCCCCACUGUAGAACCAGCAUUGGCUUCCAGAGCCUCGUCCAAAAGGAGUGGGUCAUGGGCGGGCACUGUUUCCUGGAUCGCUGCAACCAUCUCCGUCAGAGCGACAAGGAGGAGGUCCCUGUGUUCCUGCUUUUCUUAGACUGUGUCUGGCAGCUGGUGCACCAGCAUCCCCCAGCAUUUGAAUUUACGGAGACUUACCUGACUGUUUUGUCAGAUAGCUUGUACGUACCGAUUUUUAGCACCUUCUUCUUCAAUUCGCCUCAUCAAAAAGAAACUAACAUGGGCAGGGAAGGCCGGGAUGCACAAAGCAAGUCUUUGAGUCCGCUCACCGUGUGGGAUUGGUCUGUACAGUUUGAACCCAAAGCCCAGACGUUGCUCAAAAACCCUCUGUAUAUGGAAAAGCCAAAACUGGACAAAGGCCAACGGAAAGGAAUGCGCUUCAAACAUCAACGACAGCUUUCUUUGCCACUCACCCAAUCUAAGUCAUCUCCCAAGAGAGGAUUUUUCAGGGAAGAAACAGAUCAUUUAAUUAAAAACCUCCUGGGCAAGAGAAUUAGCAAACUCAUUAAUUCUUCUGAUGAGCUGCAAGACACCUUUCGGGAAUUCUAUGACAGCUGGCAUAGCAAGCCCACUGACUACCACGGUCUGUUGUUGCCUCACAUCGAGGGGCCAGAGAUCAGAGUGUGGGCCCAGCGCUACUUGCGCUGGAUUCCAGAAGCCCAGAUCCUGGGCGGCGGCACGGUGGCCACCAUGAGCAAACUCUUGGAAAUGAUGGAGGAAGUACAGAGCCUACAAGAAAAAGUCACCGAGGGACACCCCCACCAGGAGGCCCUCCAGGCAGAGCCCCCCUCCCUGCUGAGGAACUCCGUUCGCCUGUCCUCUUUGUUUCCUUUUGCUUUGGUGCAGCGACCUUCCUCUAAGCCCGUCCUGCCCACCAGUGGCUGGAAAGCCCUGGGAGAUGAGGAGGACCUGGCCAAACGGGAAGAUGAGUUUGUGGAUCUAGGGGACGUGUGACCUCUCUGGUCAGCGACUGUGGAAGAGGAAUUUUGAAGCCUGGGACGGGAGGCCAGCACACGGACCUCUGGGCUGGUGCCACGCGACGCCCACUGCUGGACGCGGGGCCGCCGGCCCUGAGCGCUAUGCGGCAGACCUGGGCCUUCUGGGGAAGAGCUGGUUCUCGGCGGGGGUGUUUGUUUUGUGUGUGUGUGUUUUUUUUUAAUGGUCCUAAAAGACUAUGCAAUUAAAACCAUCUGUCUAGUAUUAUUAAUUGAAAGGAAUUAUUACUUGACCCAUAAUAGAAUUGUAGCUGUUAUCUGAUGCGUAAAUAUUAUACAGAAUCUGCAGUAGCUGGUUUACUACUAAAAAGGGCUUUAGUAAGAUAUUCUUGGACUUCAUUCUUUCUUCAGAUCCUUUCUGUGCCAGGAUAAUUUAUCCAGUCACUGGGAAGAGUCAGUGUCUCUCUCACCUGUCUCAGUUCGGAGCAGGUUCAGCUUUGUGUGGGGUGUGUGUGGCAAACAAAGAUUCAGAUCGUGGCGUUGAGAUGUAUGGCACUUACUCAAACCAACCACAGCAUUUUUCCUUCCUGCAUCUUCCUGCUUGGAGAGAAGCUGGAGAAAUGCUACCCAUGUCACCUAUCCUGACGUUUCACACCGUCCUCCCUCCUACAUCGGCCGUGUCGCUUUGUAGGGGUGCCGGCGCACCAACCACACCACCUUUGUGCUCGCACCUCCAGGCCUCGUCCCGCCUGCUCUGCCCCGCCCACCGCCGUCCUCCUGUGCUGCCCGCUCUGGUGCAUGUGGGCCCAGGGUCUUGCUGCUAAACCCGGUGGUUAGACUGGAAGACUCUCUUGGGUCUGCCCAGAGGAGCUCCUGUUCUUCAGGAGGCCCUCAGUGUUUGCGAGUACAGUGGUACCUCGGUCCUCGUCAGUUCGUUCUGAGAGGCCAGCAAGCGACGGGAGAUGAAGCACUUUCUCUUGUGAGGUGCCGUCUGACUCACACAAGUUCCAGCGAGCGCGGCAAGCAGUGAGCAAGCGCCGAGUGCUGAAACCUUUUUUCUCAUCAGAAUGCAGUGAGCACCAGGUUUGAUGAGUCCUGAGGCUGACGAGUGCUGAGGUACCACUCUCAUCGCUCUGCCGCCUUCUAGCAGCAUGCCGCAGUCCCGGAGCCGUUGGGACCACGGACCCUGUAGCCGGCACUCCUGAGCUUUCCCCACAUUCUCUGUCCCCCGGCAGACUGAUGAGGAUCGCUUUUGAAUGUGGCUUUCAUAGGGAAGCAGUUAAGCAUAAAUGUCCAUAGUGAAGGGUAUGGUAUAGUACCUCAGCAACUUAAAAGCCAUAGAAGAAACGUAACUGUGUCUGUUAACCUUGCAUCUGCUGUCUAAGUGAUCUAUAUUUUUAAAUGCAGGAAAGUACCCUUUGUAAGGACCAGUUUUUUCAUUCUCAAAGGAACCCUAUUAAAUCCCAUUAAAGGGAAGGGGAGGGAAAAAAACUAAUGUUACAAUGUUUCAAAUGGAAUGUUUGCCUUUUAUAUACAUUCACUCUCUGGUAUAGAUCCCAAUGUAAAUAUUACAUGUUUAAAAAAACUUUGAGUUGCUCAAGGUCGAUAAGAAGUUCUGAAAUGAUUAACAAAGAAGUUUCUCAGUUUGCACUGAAUCGUCUUUUGUAAGUACCAGAAGCCACUUUGCCACUCCACUCCAUGGAGACACACGAGCCGGGGUCGUCUGUUAGGAUGGUCCAAGGCUGAGGGGAGGGCAGGGUUCACACGUGGGGGCCAAGCACAUGUCCAGUCUCGGUUGCCUUAAGAUUCUCACUAGGGAGGUUGGUGUUAGGCUUGCAAUAGGGAUUUUGGAAAUACACCAGUUCAUUCGCUACCUUCGCAUAUUUUCUGUGGGCCUUCUGAAACCGGCACUAACCUCUGCUUCUCUGCCCCAGCUGUUUCCCAAGGACACUAUGGAGCUAACUAUUUUUUUUUUUUUUACCACAUUGUAACGUGAAUAUUUAUACAGUGGUCUCUUCAGUCUUAGGAUCUUAGUAAUUUUCAUUCCAGAAAUGCCCAGUGUGAGGCUUUACACUUCACAAAGAUGAUUUAAAGACCCUUGUCAUAGCAGUUGAAUGUGCAUUGAAAUAUUUUUCUACGAGUUAAAAAAAAUUACAAUAGAAAAAUAAGCUGUUAUAACAUGGAAGGUCGUGACCAUUUAUGUAUUUAUAUUUGAAAUCAGAUUUCUAUAAACUUGUAUUUGUGUACAGAAUUCUCAGUGGCUUUAUAUAUUGUGACAUUUUUAUUCAAGAUUGAAAUGUGGGUUAUGCUUAACAGUUAAAGCUGAAAUGAGACCAUUUUCUUUGUUUAAAAUGCACUGUGCAAGUUCGGAAAUGUACAUUAAUUUACUGUAUAUAAUAUCUUGAGUUUGUUUAUACCUCCAAGUUUUUACACUGAAGAUAAAUUAGCUUUAAUUACAUUCAAAACUUUUUUUUUAAUGGAAUAAGCUGUUGGGCGAAAUCUGUAUAAAUGUGCUUUUUAUUUUCUGGAUGUACAAUGAAAGUUUAUA